UUCGUCCUCCGCGAUGGUGCUCGCGGGAGUCGGUGCUGCGCAUACGUGCUGCGCAGAGGAACACAUCUACGGCAUGUUGCUGAGCAACGGCAGUUUUACAAGCGGUCAAACACUGCGCACUCAAUUUUGAUUUAGUGCAGUAUGAGCCACAUGUGUGGCAGGUCUUCUUCUAACAAAGACAGGAUCUUAAAUGUUUUCAGCAAGCAGUUUAAAACAACAGAUAAAAACUGUUGCUCUGUGAACAGAUCCACUGCAGACUCCAAAUGCUCAAACCACUACAGUAAGACUGAUGGGCAGCACAGAGCAAAGCGACUGAAGAGCCGUAAAGAGAGGGGCCAGAUGAGACGUGGGGGGAAAGAAGCCCCAAAGUCUAAGCCACAUCACCGUCACUGUGGCCUCCAAAGUAGUAAAGACAUUACAUAUCUCCAUGACCGCUGCUGUCGUAGUAGCUGCCAUUGUUCCUCGAGGCAAGAUGCGUCAUUAUCGAACGUUGUCCCUGCUGCACAGGAGCGUAGUAUCAUCACAGACAGUCGCCUGAUAGGACACCACGGGCUGUUCAACCAUGAGGUGAAGUCUAUCGACAUUGAGCGCCUUUUAAGUAAGCAAAGAAAAACGGAGCAAAGUGGACUGCAAGUACAUGAAAACAUUUCUACCUCACAUCCCUCUUCAACAUCUCACAUUCCUACCCCAGUCUCCAGUAAGGAUUUGUUGGGUGCUGAGCCUGAUGAAGGUGUGACAUUAGAAAGGGACGGAGACCCUGCAAUGAAGGCCCCUGAUGACUGCCAGGUGGAAGAAGACAAAUUCAGUCAGGGAUCAGAUGCUACACCAGGGCAGAAGACCAACCCUGUCAUGUCAGAAAAGGGCAUUGAAUCACAGCUGACUCCCACUGACGGACGAGAAAAUGAGAUGAUACUAAACAAGAAGGCGAAGAGACACGUGAUUUCUACUCUGGAGCAAACCCCAAGGAACCAGGAUUCUUCUGUCCACCAAAGUCAAGCCCAUGAUGUCAGCCCAAGCCCAUUUCAGCUUCCCAGCUCAGACACCCCAGGAAGAUCAGACUCACGACACCAAAGAAAAGAUCCUAGCUCUGUGUCCGAGUCUGUCUGUACAGUGGCAGCACACUUGUGUGGCUGUCUGCAGUUGCCAGUUUUGAGGAGGAAGAGGAAUAUGGUGGCUGAGAGCAAGGAAGUGCUGCUGAAAGCUCUGCAGGAGAGGCACGGACCCCAGCUUCAGAAGAAUCUCUUCAGACUGCAGCAGUGCCUCAGCAGUAGUCCUGGUCACACAAAGAAAGGCCAGGAUCGAGAGCAGUCCAUGAUGGAUGAAGAUGAGCUCCAGUAUACAGAUGCAUUCACAACAGAGUUUCGAUCCAGCAAGCCAUUUUUCAACGACCAAAAAAUCCAAUCUUUCAAAAGAAAAGGAAGUGCACAUUGGAACUUGAGGCCCAGUCCCCAGCUGCUCCGAAACACGAAACAGACCGCUGAGUGGUUUAGAAGGCCUGAGGAGACUUCUGCCAGUCUUUUGGACGAUAACCUCAGACAUCUUCACUCUCCUCAGUCCUGCAUGGACUUUGAGUCCUCUGGAACGAGUGAUCAUUUGUUUGCUCCUUCUUCUACUUCGUGUUGGGAAGGUAAAAAAUCCCUAUUUCCCCACUGGGGAGACAGUUUGAGCAGGCAAAAGAGCAAAGAGACUUUUACAUUUGACUCUUUUGAAAACAGCUGUAUGAACCAAACCAGAGCACUAGAUGGACCUCUGUACGGUACGGGCAACAUCCAGAAUUUCUCCCCCUACCAAGCACGGCUGCUGGAGAGACGUUCAACAGAGCCAAUACACUUUCCUCAAGAGCGAGACCCAUUUGAAACUGAAAGAUACUCUUUUGCUUCCUCUUUCUCAUCCCAAGUUCAACAUCCUGACCAGGUCCUCAGCUUCAAGCCUUUCAGCCAUAUCAGUCAGCCUACAGCUUACCCUCUCCGCAUGUCCCACCACACUGACAUGAUCCAUUACCCUUCAUCUCACAUGCUAGAAAGAGAGGCAGCACUUUCCCGUUCCUCUCUCCUGAGCCCUGAGCCCUGGUCCUUUCCCCCUAUGAGACUGUACUAAUGUGUUGCAUCGACACGCCUAUGAACAUUUGUUAAGAUAUCAAAAAUGCAAUACUCUCUUAAUUCAUAACAUCAAGACGGUUUGUUCACAACCAGCAAAGCCUAUACUUUACACACAGAAUUAAAUAGCAAAGACUUCAUCUCAAGAGUUAACCAUUUUUACUCUUUGGUUCCAUUUAUUCUGAAAAAAAACACACAAGCACAAUUAUGAAUUGUUUACAUCCUUGUAGCUUUUUUUCAUUUAUAAAAGUGUAAAUGAACAUGUUUGUUCAGUCAGCUGCCAUAAUGGGAAGUUAUUCAGAGAACAGGAUUAUUUGACAUUUUGUUGUGUAAGUGGGCUUCAUUUAAAUGCAAUAAAACAAAUGUGUACAAUUUUGCAACACAGUCAUGCCUCAUUAGGUAGUAUAUAAGCUUAAAUUGAACACAAAAUACUGCAUAAUAUUUCUGAAUGAUUCAAAGGGAUAUAUAUCUUCUUUUUUUUGUCCAACAGAGAACAACACAAUACAUUCACAUUCCCAUAAAUGUUUCUUGACCCUCUCCCUCUAGCAGAUAAUUUCAUCCACAGUUUGAUGGACUGUACUGAGAGGUUUGUCUUAAAUAAUUUUAAGGUUGCAAAUAAUAGUUUUCAUCUGAAAUUUGAGUCUCAGAACCUUCAGUUUCUAUGCUUCCAGGAGUCACACAACUAUGUCUCUCGUCAUUUUCUUCCAUUUCGACUCUGCUCCCCGUUCUCAUCGCCCUACGAAGCUGAUUCCAAAACAGUUCUUGGGCCUUUGUGGGGUCUGUGCAAUCUGAGCUGGGCCACUGGAGAUAAGUCUUUUUCAACAUGAUUUUCCUCAUGCGGUGAUAGGACGACAGCAGCCUCUCAGCGAUUGGCUCCAGAAACACAAGCAGGAGAACAUCCCGGUGCUCAUCGAAGAGCCGGUAGCUGGCCAGUUGGAUUUCCAGAGAACACCACUCACUCCUGAGGAAAUUCCUGCUUACCACACAAAUAGUCUUGCGGCUGCCAUAAACUGCAGAGACAAUAUUAUCCACAAUGUCCCGGCCAAGCUCAAAGUCCCUGUGAUGAAGACAAAGUUUAAAAGAUGAUCUAUUUCCCUCCAGGUUAGGCAGCAACUGGUCCAUGACCCAUUGUUCAUCAGAAGAGUUAUAGGAAAUAAAUGCGUCAUAUUUACA